AUGUCGGCACCGGAGGACCUUUAUCGACCGAUCAAGCGCAUUCGGCAGGCGUGCCAGAACUGCAGGCGAAAGAAGGCGCGAUGUACGGGCGAACGCCCUGAGUGUGCUUUCUGCGUGCGACUUGGCCAAUCAUGCACAUAUAGCGACGAGGAACCUUACCAAAACUCGAGCAGUUCUAGCAGCGACAAGAAGCGCGGGGAUGUCACUACGAUGGACUUGUCGGACAGGCUGAAUUGCUUAGAGAAUCAGAUGGCGGACGUGGCGCAGACACUUCGAAAAAAUCUGCCCAAAAACGGCAACACAAACGAGUCUUUGAGUAGCCAGAGCGAGGAGCCAAGUGGUGUUGUCCUUGACGGUACUCAGGACUUUACUGCUCUGCCAUCGAAGGAUAUCCUCCGCUCAACCGCCGAUCUCUAUUUCAAAUUCUGCCACAACCAGCCGUACUCCCUCUUCCACGAGAGCAGUCUUCGACAAAGAAUUGAAUUAGAUGAAGUCCCGACCCACCUACUAUUCGCCCUUCUCGCAAGCACUGUGCGCUACUCGGACGAUCCAUACUUCGAGGACAAGAGCGCUGCAGUGUCCGCCUAUGCUUCCCAGUCAUGGAAAUCUAUUGUCAUGCCAUGGAACGGAAUCCAGAGUGAACCCGAGUUGAGCAUUGUGCAAACUAUACUGCUUCUAGCUAUCAUCGAUUAUACAGAUGGCCGGACUCAAGGCUCGUGGAUAAAGGUAGGUCUGGCUAUUCGCUUAGCUCAAGAUUUUAGACUGCAGAUUGAGCCAGAGAAGGAUCUCAAUCCUAUACAGCAAGAGGAACGGAGACGUGUGUUCUGGUCCUUCUACCUUUGCGACAAGUUGAUAUCAUGCGGUAGGGAAAGACCAGCCGUAAUUUUGGACGAUCAAUGCAGACUUCAGCUGCCAAUCGACGAGAACGAGUUUCGGAAUGGAAACUAUCAGCAGACUCCAACACUGGAGCAUCUGAUUGAUGAAAACGCCUUCUCGGUCAUCUCCACUCUCAGUCCGUUUGCUGUUGCGGCUGUCAUGGCGAGCUUGCUUGGCAGAUGUGCACAGUACGCGCUGGGUGAGCAAGAGGAACAGACAUCCAGCGGCAAAACUUUCCCCUGGAACCCACGAUCCAAGUACUCUUCUAUUCACUCGUCACUCCUCCAGAUCGAAUCGGAACUCGGACUGAGCGAAUCGCUCGUGGAGAAGAUCACAAACCACUUUACAUCUUCUGACGGUACCAUUGAUCAACAUCGAGCGGCACCGUUAGUACUGUCCCACGCCUUGUUUUACCUGUGUCAAUGCCUCUUAUAUCACCCAUUUUUAUUACGCCAGCGCCUUGUGCGGCUCGGCCAACGUUCCCCCCAGUCGUUCCUCGCCCAGAUAUUUCACUCCUGUCGGGCAGCUGCAACAUCACUGUCGAAGCUGAUGGACGAGGUGAAGUCGCUCUGCUGCGAGACCUUGUCAACAAGCCAUGAUCCAUUCUACGGCUAUUGCACAAUGGUAAGUCUUAUUCGGCGCUGUAGUCUCAAGACCUCCGCUUACCAUCGAAAAGGUUGCAGGGACAAUACAUAG